AUGGACGCGAGCGCGGAGAGCCGGCCGCCGAACAUCGUGCUCAUCACGCUCGACGACGUCGGCCUCAACGACCUCGGCUUCAUGUCGACCGACCUGAAGGGCGUGACGCCGCGCAUGGACGCGAUGGCGUCGCAGGGCAUCCGGCUCACGAACUACUACGGCCAGUCGCUCUGCACGCCGGCGCGCACGGCGCUCAUGUCGGGCAAGUUCGGCCACCGGACGGGCGUCGAGGACGCGCUCGCGUUCGAGCUCGCGUUCAACUCGAACUUCUCCGUGCCGCUGCGGCACAAGCUGCUGCCCGCGCACCUCAAGGACGCGGGCUACGCGACCUACGGCGUCGGCAAG